AUGCUGCUCUUUUUCAAGUUCCUGAUCUCUGUGAUCGCCUUCCUUGCCGCCUGUGUUCUUCUUCCCCAGUUCUCCCUGGGACUGUUCCGUGUUGUGCUCCGCGGCAUGGGAUGGGUGAUUCGGAAGAGGACACAGGCUCGCAGGGAGGCCAUAUUGGCUCGUGUCCGGGCAGAUGAGGAUUUACUCUCAAAACAACCCAAAGUGGCCUCCACCAGUGCGAUGUUAGCAGAAGAUGAGGAUUGGGAGAAGGUCAGUUCGGGUGACAGCAGCUCUGGAUCAGCUAGCCAGAGUUUCCAGCAGGCUGGUGUAGACGAAUGGACUGGGAUUAUUGGCUUCUUCCAUCCAUUCUGCAACGCCGGCGGAGGGGGAGAACGUGUCCUCUGGGAGGCUGUCCGAGCUACGCAAAGACGGUGGCCUAAAGCCGUUUGUGCUAUCUACACCGGCGACUUGGAUGUUACCAAAGCAGCCAUGCUGGAGAGAGUCCAGAACCGCUUCAACAUUCAACUGCACGCCCCAACAGUAGAGCUGCUCUAUCUGACUACCCGGAAAUAUGUCCAAAGUAGCAUGUAUCCGUACAUGACUCUUCUAGGCCAGUCCCUCGGUUCGCUGAUUGUGGGCUACGAUGCUUUCACGCUUCUCGUGCCCGACGUCUUCAUCGACACCAUGGGCUACGCAUUCGCAGUUGCCUUUUGCAAGCUCCUUUUCCCCUCAGUCCCAACAGGUGCCUACGUGCACUACCCCACUAUCUCCACCGACAUGCUCCAGUCUCUAGACGACCAAACAGGCCUUAAGGGCGUCAAUUCCGGCGCAGGAGCAGGUCUCAAAGGCACGCUCAAGCGCAAAUACUGGCUCGCCUUCGCCCGUCUCUACGGCUGGAUCGGCAGUCACGUCGAUGUCGUUAUGUGCAAUUCGUCCUGGACAUCAGCGCACAUCCGCUCCAUCUGGGGCCCCUCACGGCAUACCCCCUUCCUAUCAUCUCACACCACCAACUACAAAGACCCAGUCGUCGUCUUUCCCCCAACCGCCGUCUCAGACAUCCAAUCCACUAUCCCGGUGACCCCUGAGACAGAGAAAACGCGCACUCCCACUCUCCUGUAUAUUGCCCAGUUCCGGCCCGAAAAGAACCACCCUCUCAUCCUCCGCUCCUUUGCCCGUUUCCUCGAGCGCCACAACAAGACCUCGCCAACCGGGCAAGGACAAGACUCCCAACCCCACCUCAUCCUAGUCGGCACUGUCCGCCCCUCCAGCCCAGACGAAACCCACAUCUACAACCUCCGCCUCCUCGCCCACGAACUCCGCAUCCGCAACAACACUACCUUCCUCUGCGACGCCUCCUGGCCAACCAUCCUCUCGCAUCUCGGCUCUGCCUCCAUCGGCGUAAACGCCAUGUGGAACGAACACUUCGGUAUCUGUGUCGUCGAGUAUCAAGCCGCCGGGCUGAUCGCUGUGGUCCAUGACUCUGGCGGUCCGCGCGAGGAUAUCCUCGUCGACCUCCCCGAGUCCGAGUCUCUCAAGGAUGGAAGUGAAAUUGGCGGACGGGCCACUGGAUUCCGCGCAACGACGGAAGAAGAGUUCGCGGAUGCGUUUGAGAAGGCACUGUCUCUUAGUGCAGAUGAGAAGGUUGCUAUGCGGUUGAGGGCGCGCAAGUCCGCGUUGAGGUUUACGGAGGAGGAAUUUUCGAAGAAGUGGGUCGGUGAGGUUAGGAAGUUGGUUGAUAUGACUCAAAAGGCGUAG